AUGGGCCAUCGAAAGCGAUGGGCAUUGGACGCCUCCGGCUUACUGCGUGUGGACCCCUUGUUGGAGAAGCAGCCUGAGCUGGGUGUACUAGGCACUGAGCGGGCUUUGAGAUUCCUUGGCUUCCGCACAGGGCGUUUCCAAUCGGCAAGGCCUCACAGGAAGGAUCGCCUUCGACAGCGCCACUGGAAGCGGCGGUUGACGACUGUGAGGUGUAAUGCCUUUCGUGGGCGUUUGCCAGUGAGACGCUUGCUGGUGGGUGAAGCAGAUCAGGCAGCCUGGAUUUCCUACUCUUUGGUGUUGGAUCGGUUGAAAGAUUGGGAGGCGCAAAUUGUUCACCAGCUGUGUGCUGGUCGAUGCAUGGCCAGUGGUGGCCCAGAGAGCAUUUUAUUGCCCCCGACGAAGUGGUCUGACAAAGCAACACAUGCUGAGCGAGUGGCACUCUCCUCCAUGGUGAACUUCUUCGAAGACGCGCGACGGAUUCAAGGAGGGGUGCUCCUCCAUACGUCGGGAUCGCUAUGUAUCUCUUGCUUGGCUGCUUUCUGCCAUUGCAAGCGCCUCUUCCCACAACUGCGCUUUGAGAUCAGCUGGGAUCCGCUUUCAGAGUCGCAGCGAUGGGCCAUCGGUGAAAAAAAGUGA